AUAGGUUGAAACUUGAAACUGAACUCAACAUGGUCGCCUAACAUUCCAAACAAGAAAAUAAAACGGAAAACAGAAUGGGUGUACACUCCAAGAAAAGGAUCGGAAAUUUAGGCUCUUAUUAUUAUUACUGCCAUUAGAUUAUUAUUCUUAGCGACCAGUCCACCACCCGCCUCUUUAAUCUUUAUACGUCAUCUCUGUAUAUAGUAUCUUUAUUGGUAUAUUGUUCUCUUUCGGAUUCAUAGACAAAUUAUCUUCUUCUUGGAAUCUUGAGGUAGAGAGAAAAGAAUCGAGAUAUGGGUUCGGUUGAGGAGCAGACACCGCUUUUGGAGGAUGGACUUAGAGAAAAGAAUCGAGAUAUGGGUUCGGUUGAGGAGCAGACACCGCUUUUGGAGGAUGGACUUCUCGAAGAGAACAAAAGCAAGGAGCUUUACACUGGUGAUGGCUCAGUUGACCUUCACGGGAAUCCUGCCCUUAAGCAGAAUACUGGAAAUUGGAGAGCUUGUCCUUUUAUUUUGGGUAAUGAAUGUUGUGAACGGUUGGCCUAUUAUGGCAUCUCCACCAAUCUUGUUACUUAUCUUACUAAUAAGCUGCAUGAAGGAAAUGUGUCUGCUGCAAGAAAUGUUUCCACCUGGGCAGGCACUUGCUAUAUUACACCCCUUAUUGGAGCUGUCCUCGCUGAUGCUUACUGGGGAAGAUAUUGGACAAUAGCUGCUUUCUCCACGAUCUACUUUAUUGGAAUGUGUACCUUAACACUCUCAGCAUCAAUUCCUGCACUAAAGCCAGCUGAAUGUGCUGGUUCUUUAUGCCCUCCUGCAACUCCAGCUCAGUAUGCAGUAUUCUUCUUUGGUCUCUAUCUAAUUGCACUUGGGACAGGUGGUAUCAAGCCAUGCGUUUCAUCCUUUGGGGCUGACCAGUUUGACGACACUGAUCCUAAAGAACGGGUGAAGAAGGGAUCUUUCUUCAACUGGUUCUACUUUUCUAUCAAUAUUGGUGCUCUUGUAUCAAGUAGUUUACUAGUUUUACUAGUGUAUAUUCAAGACAAUGCUGGGUGGGGUCUGGGAUUUGGAAUUCCUGCAGUAUUUAUGGCCAUUGCUAUAGGAAGCUUCUUUUCAGGCACUCCUCUCUACAGAUUUCAGAGACCAGGAGGGAGUCCUAUCACAAGGAUGUGCCAAGUUUUGGUUGCAUCAUUCCAUAAGCGGAAUAUGGAGGUACCUCAAGAUAGCAGUCUACUUUAUGAAACACCAGAAGGAAUCUCUGCCAUCGAAGGGAGCAGAAAAUUGGAGCAUAGCAAUGAAUUGAGGUGCCUCGAUAAAGCUGCUGUAAUUUCAAAUGCUGAGGCCAAAAGUGGGGACUUCUCAAACCCAUGGAGGCUUUGUACGGUGACACAGGUAGAGGAAUUGAAGAUUUUGGUGCGCAUGUUCCCAAUCUGGGCCACUGGAAUUGUUUUUUCUGCAGUCUAUGCCCAAAUGUCUACAAUGUUUGUGGAGCAAGGGAUGUUGAUGGACACAAAAGUUGGUUCUUUCACCAUUCCUCCCGCCUCCUUAUCGACAUUUGAUGUUGUCAGUGUUAUUUGCUGGGUGCCGAUCUACGAUAGGGUCAUUGUUCCAAUUGCAAGGAAGUUCACAGGCAAGGAGAGGGGCUUCUCUGAGUUGCAAAGAAUGGGCAUUGGCCUUUUCAUUUCAAUAUUAUCCAUGUCUGCCGCUGCCGUGGUAGAGAUUAGGCGCCUGCAGCUCGCUAAAGAGCUUGGGUUGGUUGAUGAGAGUAUUGCUGUGCCAAUUAGCAUCUUGUGGCAAAUCCCUCAAUACAUGCUAGUAGGUGCUGCAGAGGUCUUUACAUUCAUCGGUCAGCUUGAAUUUUUCUACGAACAAUCUCCAGAUGCAAUGCGGAGUUUAUGCAGUGCAUUGUCGCUUCUGACAACAUCAUUGGGCAAUUAUUUGAGCUCUUUUAUUCUUACUGUGGUUACAUACUUCACAACUAAAGGUGGGAAUCCGGGAUGGAUUCCGGAUAACUUGAAUAAGGGCCAUCUUGAUUAUUACUUCUGGCUCUUAGCUGGUCUCAGCGUCUUGAACAUGCUUGUCUACAUUGUCUGUGCCAAGAAAUACAAAAAGAAGAAGGCCUCCUAAGAUUUUUACAAGGGGAUGGUAUAGUAAGUAGUAAUCAUAUGCAGAAAAGCAAAUGGUUCUGUACAUAAACAAAAGAAUUCAUGUUAUUACAGUUAUGAUGAUGUGAGCUCCUACAAGUUUAGAAGGAGCUUGCUUGUAUAAUAUUUAUUAAUUUUCUUAAAUUAUGCUGUUGGAUUUGAAUGUUGGGUUGUACUUUCUAAAAUUUUAAUGAUAAUUAGUAUUUAUUCCCUUCCA